AUGCGUUUCACAGCUCUGGUCAUCGGCCUUCUUGCCUGCCUGGUGUCGUCCGUCACCGCAACCGCCCUGACGUAUAGACUCGAGGCCAACGAGAAGGCCUGCUUCUACAAGUUUGUCGACCAGCGGAACACCAAAGUCGCAUUUUACUUUGCUGUCCAAUCCGGCGGUUCUUUCGAUGUCGACUACGCUGUUGUCGGACCUGGCGAGAAGUCGGUCCUAGAUGGCACCAAGGAGCGUCAGGGAGACUUUGUGUUCACGGCCCAGAGCGUUGGUGAAUACCGCUUCUGCUUCAACAAUGAAAUGUCCACAUUCGCAGAGAAGAUGGUUGACUUCGAGAUCGCGCUUGAAAACGAAUCCCGUGCAGAACUCCCCUCGCGCCAGGGCGCCAACCCCGAACAAGCCUCCGCUAUCGAGGAGUCCAUCUUCAAGCUCUCCGCCCAAUUGUCCACCAUCUCGCGCAACCAGAAGUACUUCCGGACACGUGAGAACCGCAACUUCAGCACUGUGCGCAGCACCGAGCGCCGCAUCUGGAACUUCAGCGUGAUUGAGGGUUUGAUGAUGGUUUCUAUGGCUGGGCUGCAGGUGUUUGUUGUGCGGUUCUUCUUCCAGGGAGCCCGCAAAGGUUACGUGUGA